ACAGAGUCAGCUGACCCACAUCACCCAGAGUGGGCCCCGCCCAAAAGUUCAACUCCGCCGCCGACGCACGUCAAUUUCCUGCCAUUUUCUUCCCAAGCGCACCUUCACAACAUCUACAGAUUGCUGAGGAAGACAUUGUGUCUAGGCAAUCAUGCAGAUCUUCGUGAAGACCCUCACGGGCAAGACUAUCACCCUUGAGGUGGAGUCGAGCGACAACAUCGAAACUGUCAAGUCCAAGAUCCAGGACAAGGAGGGCAUCCCCCCUGACCAGCAGCGCCUGAUCUUUGCCGGCAAGCAGCUCGAGGAUGGCCGCACCCUCUCCGACUACAACAUCCAGAAGGAGAGCACUCUCCACCUAGUGCUCCGCCUGCGUGGUGGUGCCAAGAAGAGGAAGAAGAAGGUCUACACCACCCCCAAGAAGAUCAAGCACAAGCGCAAGAAGACCAAGCUCGCUGUGCUCAAGUACUACAAGGUCGACAGCGACGGCAAGAUUGAGCGCCUUCGCCGCGAGUGCCCCAACGAGACUGUGGGUUGAUUUCCGAUUCCCGGCCUUCCAUUGGUUCACACCGCUGACAAUUUUCUUC